AUGUAUCGCGCUAUCGCUACCGCCUCGGCGCUCAUUGCAGCCGUUCGAGCUCAGCAAGUUUGCUCUCUCACCCCCGAGACCAAGCCUGCCUUGUCCUGGUCCAAGUGUACAUCUAGCGGAUGCAGCAACGUUCAGGGAUCUGUCACCAUCGAUGCCAACUGGCGAUGGACUCACCAAUUGUCCGGAUCUACCAACUGCUACACCGGUAACAAGUGGGACACUUCCAUCUGCACCAGUGGAAAGGUUUGUGCUGAGAAGUGCUGUAUCGACGGCGCCGAAUACGCCAGCACCUACGGAAUUACCUCCAGCGGCAACCAGCUCAGCCUCUCUUUUGUCACCAAGGGGACUUAUGGUACCAACAUCGGUAGCCGUACUUACCUCAUGGAGGACGAGAACACCUACCAGAUGUUCCAGCUCUUGGGUAACGAGUUCACCUUUGACGUCGAUGUUUCAAACAUCGGCUGUGGUCUGAACGGUGCUCUGUACUUCGUCAGCAUGGACGCCGACGGUGGCAAGGCCAAGUACCCUGGUAACAAGGCUGGAGCUAAGUAUGGUACUGGUUACUGUGACGCCCAGUGCCCCCGUGACGUGAAGUUCAUCAACGGCCAGGCCAACUCCGAUGGCUGGCAGCCAUCCAAGAGCGAUGUCAACGGUGGCAUUGGUAACCUGGGCACAUGCUGCCCUGAAAUGGACAUCUGGGAGGCCAACUCCAUCUCCACUGCCUACACUCCUCACCCUUGCACCAAGCUCACUCAACACUCCUGCACUGGUGACUCUUGUGGUGGAACUUACUCCAAAGACCGUUACGGCGGAACUUGCGAUGCUGACGGUUGUGAUUUCAACGCCUACCGCCAGGGCAACAAGACCUUCUACGGUCCUGGAUCCGGCUUCAACGUUGACACCACCAAGAAGGUUACUGUCGUCACCCAGUUCCACAAGGGCAGCAACGGCCGUCUCUCUGAGAUUACUCGUCUCUACGUCCAGAACGGCAAGGUCAUUGCCAACUCUGAGUCCAAGAUCGCUGGAGUUCCUGGAAGCUCUCUCACCCCUGAAUUCUGCACUGCCCAGAAGAAGGUCUUUGGCGACAUCGAUGACUUUGAGAAGAAGGGUGCUUGGGGCGGUAUGAGCGAUGCUCUUGAGGCUCCCAUGGUUCUUGUUAUGUCUCUCUGGCACGAUCACCACUCCAACAUGCUCUGGCUCGACUCUACCUACCCCACUGACUCUACUAAGCUCGGCGCCCAGCGAGGAUCUUGCUCCACAUCCUCUGGUGUGCCCGCCGACCUUGAGAAGAACGUCCCCAACUCCAAGGUUGCCUUCUCCAACAUCAAGUUCGGUCCCAUCGGCAGCACCUACAAGGAGGGCCAGCCUGAGCCCACCAACCCCACCAACCCCAACCCUACCAACCCUACCACCCCCGGCGGUACCGUUGACCAGUGGGGCCAGUGCGGUGGUACCAACUACAGCGGUCCUACUGCUUGCAAGUCUCCUUUCACCUGCAAGAAGAUCAACGACUUCUACUACCAGUGCCAGUAA